UCUCUCCGAAGAGGCACAGGGACGGACUCCAUAUCUUUUGCUAUUUCGGGGCACCCUGUCCUCUUCGUCGUCGUCAUCAUCAUCUUCUUCUUCUUCUUCGUAAUCUCUUUGCUCUCUUUACUCUCUAGCUCACGAAGGACUUGAGUUGAGUUGUGUUCAAUCUAGGUUAGGGUUUUUGCAAUUGGAGUCAGUCUGAUUCCAGUUCGUCAAUGAAACAGGGCAGAAAGGGUUUGCGUUUCGAUCGUUGACGUGUUUUUGUUUUAAUUGAUGGUACUGUUGUUGUUCUUCUAUUGGUGAUGGCGGCGGCGAAUCCAGAGCCACUUCAGGCGCGCCCGUACGACGAUCACGUUCCGGUGCUGGCUAUGCAGAUCGAGGAGGAGGACGACGACGACGGCGGCGAGUACGAGGACGGAGGUGAUGAUGCGAUGUAUGAGGCGGAGGACGGGCACGCGAGUUUGGUGAAUAAUGCUUCGGGACAACACCGCUACCACGGCGGAGGCGGAGUGGUGGCGGCGUCCCGGACUAGCGAACUCACUCUCGCUUUCGAAGGAGAGGUUUACGUGUUCCCUGCUGUUACGCCAGAGAAGGUGCAAGCAGUUCUUUUACUGCUAGGAGGGCGUGAUGUACCCACUGGUGUGCCUAAAAUUGAAGUUCCUUCUGAUCAGAAUAACAGGGGUCUGGAUGCUUACCCCAUGCGCUCAAACCUUUCACAGAGAAUUGCAUCCCUGGUCAGGUUCCGUGAAAAACGGAAAGGAAGAUGCUUCGAUAAAAAAAUCAGGUACAGUGUGCGGAAAGAGGUUGCUCAAAGGAUGCAUCGCAAGAAUGGCCAGUUUGCUUCACUGAAAGAAAGUUCUGGAUCUUCUGGUUGGGAUUCUGCUAAAAGUUGCCUUCAAGGAGAUGGCACACCUCGUCCAGAAACUGUUGUUCGAAGAUGUCAACAUUGUGGUGUGAGUGAGAACUCUACUCCUGCAAUGCGUCGUGGCCCAGCUGGACCAAGGACACUCUGUAAUGCCUGUGGACUAAUGUGGGCAAACAAGGGAACUCUUAGAGAUCUGAACAAGGGAGGGAGGAAUCUUUGUUUGGACCCAAUCGAACCGGAAACACCUUUUGACAUUAAGCCUUCAAUAAUGGAAGGAGAGAAUUUAUGUGGUAACCAGGGUGAUCAUGGAUCCCCUGAAGAUCCUUCAAAGGCUAUAACAGGAGGAAUGGGAAAUCCUACUGUUAAUCCAGAUGAGAAAAAUUGGUGUGGAAAUACUGGAGACAAUAAAAAUGGUUUACCAGUGCAAAUUGUCAAUUCUUCAUGCAACCUUGAUGAGCAGGGACCUCUUGACGAGCUUGCAAAUACUUCAGAAACCGGAAUAGACAUUCCUGCUAACUUUGUUUAGUAGUAGGUUAAAAAUGAUCGACCAUCUUUGGAAGGACGAGGGGGGGGGGGGGGAUCUUGUAGAUUCAAAUGGCUAGCGAGGAAGGGUCCGGCUGACAAGAUAGAUGUUGGGGGCUUUACUCAAUGUUGAUAAGUUAUAGGAUUGUUGAUUGUGUAUUGAGGAGUUGCCGAAAAGUGUGAAUGAAAUGCUUCGAGUGUCUUUAACCAGUCUUUAUAUAUAAUUAUUUUCGAAGGCUAUGAAUAAGGUUGUAUUGUUUGGUGUGCAUUUGAAUAUAUCAAGUGCUCUCUCUCUCUCUCUC